GCAGCACUCUACUGUAGUAACUGUUCGUGCAAGGUUUCAAUUCACUCAGAUCUCGUUUAUCCAUGAACAGAAACGGGACAAGAGAUAAGUUGUGAAAGUGAGUUAGGCACGUAGACAAACGCGGGUACAACCGUGAAACAAUACAUGAAAGGCAAAGUCAAAUGUCACAACGUAACGAGGCCAACUCUGGCUAACGUGAAAUAUGCGCAGCCUGCUUACCUGCUGGUUACCUGAGAGAGAUACACCUCUGCGCAAGUGCAGAGACUGAACGAAAACAAGCGGUUGUGUUGUGUUCAAUUUGUUAUUUUCUUUCAUCUAUGAAAAGAGUGGCGAAAAAAAGGGAAACUGGCGAGAAGACUGAAGAAAAUCAGGGUGAACUCCACUGAUUAAGAAGACCAAUAUAAUAAAACUUUGAACUGAAUGAAGGAACAAAAGGUGAAAAGACCUAAAGAUGGUUCAGAUGGUUUGAGAGCACAAGAUUUGGUAACCUGAAAUCUACUUCCAACAAGCCCACUGAUAGCCCAAGAUGAUCAAUAAAUUCUCCUCUCUGUGUAGCAAUAAAACAGCUAGCAACUGUUUCACAGAGUCAAAACCAAAGUAAUUACUCCGCAUGACCAAUAACAACAGAAGAAAGCAGAGAACGAACCAAUCAGAAUUCUUCGCAAAUACGAGUACGUAUUACGUAUACGACAUCACGCACGGGAAAAUGCGUCCGAACAGUAAGUCACAAUUGGUUUUGAUUUUGCUCCUGGCAAAAGUUUUUCUCACCAAUCACAAAGCGUAGCCAAGCAAAACCAAAGCAAUGCGAAUUGCUUUCCAACCUCAAAGGAAAGCUGUUCUAUUAAAGCAAUUGUAAUACCAUUAGAUUGUUAUUUUAGCGUUUCAAAACUACUGAACGUGACACAUUGAGUAGGUGACUGUUUUACUCUCAAAGAGCAGUCGUUAGAGUCGCUGACCAAAAUCCAUUUAAAAUCAUUCCAGCACGGGGUCUAUUUCUUUUUCCGAGAAAGAAAGGAAAAUAUUCCAGUUGAGCUUAAUUGCAGAACGUUGUAUGAUUAAAAAGAUUUGGACCUCUUUCAGUUCGUGUCAGGGGGAAAUCUUUUUUAGUAGUAUCAGUUACCCAUUAGGCUAACAUACUUAUCAUAUUACAUACGUUUAUGACGCUGAGACGCCAACUGACUACGUGAGCAAAACUUGAAUACUCGCUUGUCUUUCUGCGCAAUUGUUUACUUCCUUGUUCUUGCAGUUCCAACCGUUGUUAAAGACAAACCGAGGCCCACAAUAUGGCGGCAUUUAUUGGAGAAAGAGUUGGAAUUAGAGAAACGACAACGCCUGCUACAGUGCCCGCGAACCCAACAGCCAAACUAAUGUAUUACCUUAACUGUGUGGCAAGUGUUAUUCAGCUUGACGAUCCCAAUCUCAGCAGGCUGAGGAACUACGAGAGUUACUAUUUACUGAACGACGCACAAAUCGACGCCUUGUUGGCAAUGGUCCUACUUUUUAGCCCAGAUGAGCUGAUUGGUAAAGUAUUCUUCCACAGUGAAGACUGUGGAGAACACAGCAACCGAUUUUUUGAGCUGAGUUCAGUUUCUCACCUGUUAGCGGUGUCAGACAACGUUCUGAUUGGAGGAGAAAGGAAGAGAGUUGCUAACAUCAUGUUCUUUAAGAGAUACUGGUUGGAAAAUAAUUAUAUUUCACCCAUGACGUCAUUUGAGGGUCGUCUGCAAAGGCUGGCACGCGGUCUACCAGGCAGAGCGCCAUCCGCCCGCAGAGCACUACCCCCACCUCCCCCAACUCGUCCUUCUACCAUGUGUAAUGUAAUGUAGUAAUCCACGCAGUUUUAUGCCAGACAGCAGUCACAGCAGACUGAAGUCGAUGAACGCGCGUAUAGGUAAUUGAUAGUUUCCACGAUGGGAAUUGCUGGUAUGUAUUUUCUUUAGUUUGUGAUCAGCACAUAUAUUACUUGACUUUAAUAUUUUGUAGCAAACAACGUAGUGUAAUGCCGUCAGACAUAAGUCACAGAAAAAAACGACCUAAGUGCACUGACCACUACGUUUAGGCACGCAUACACAGGUUAUUGAUAUUUUACAUGACGAAUCACUGGGUUGUAUUUUCUUUAGUUUGUGUUCAGUAAAUGAUUACUUGACUGUGAUGUCUUUUCAUAACCAACGCAAUUUAGUCAGACAACAAACAGCCGAAACUAUUGAGCUCUACUAAGGGUAUUACUUCGGCACGAGCCGCGGUGUAACUCUUCACCUGUAACUGGAUUGGUGCUGAUGAGGUUUCCAUGUAGUUUUAAAAUGAGUGGAUCGUAACUGCUAUUGCUGGACUACUGCGAGCAGUCCCUUUUUGGUGAUAGUCAGGGAAGCAGCCAUCAACGGUGCAGGGAGACUGUAGCGAGGAGAAAGAAAACAAGAGGAGACUGGGGAUUAGAAUAGGGAAAGGCGCCUCUCCCCAGUUCCUCCCCUCAUGCCUCAACUCGUUAAUUCUCUCCAUGCUGUUCAUGGCUUGCGCAGCUGUCACAGUGAUUUGGGUAUCC